GGGCGGGCCGGGCUGCCGCGGGCCCGGGGAAGGCUCCCGGGGGUGAGCCGAGGUCCCGGGCCGUCGAGGGCUCCGGCCAGCGUGCGGGAAUGAGCGGGUCCCUGGGCCGGGUGGCGGUGGCUCUGCUCCGCUGGGGGCGCGGCUCCGGCGGCGGCGGCCUUUGGGGCCCAGGCGUGCGGGCGGCGGGUUCGGGCGGCGGCGGGGGCGGCUCAGCCGAGCAACUGGACGCGCUGGUGAAGAAGGACAAGGUGGUGGUCUUCCUCAAGGGGACUCCGGAGCAGCCCCAGUGCGGCUUCAGCAACGCAGUGGUGCAGAUCCUGCGGCUGCACGGCGUCCGCGACUACGCGGCCUACAAUGUGCUGGACGACCCCCAGCUCCGGCAAGGCAUUAAAGACUAUUCCAACUGGCCCACCAUCCCGCAAGUGUACCUCAACGGCGAGUUCGUGGGGGGCUGUGACAUUCUGUUGCAGAUGCACCAGAAUGGGGACCUGGUGGAGGAACUGAAAAAGCUGGGGAUCCGCUCUGCCCUUCUGGAUGAAAAGAAAGACCAAGACUCCAAGUGAGGGCGGCCCGGGGCCUCCCUGAGCAGCAGGGGCUGUUGGUGCCCAGACUCACCGCCGGCCAAGCCUUACCGAUUCUGGUCUUGACUCAUCAGACGGCAGCUGCUUGCACGGAUUUCUCCAGUCUGUAAGCAGUUGGGCGAUUUUGGUGUGUCUGGUGUUGGGGCUGCGAAUAUUCUGUCGUGAACUUCAUUAGAACCACUGCACUGUAAUGAUUCAAUGUUGUAUUACGAUAUUGCUGUCAACAAAAUCUGUUCUUAGGUUGUCAUUUGCUCUUUGCCUGAUUCAGGAGUAAAACGAGGAGCUUUUGAGUCAUUCUUCAUGAAUCCUCUGCAAAUGUGUCAGUCUGCAAAGAUAAUUAUAUCUCCCCAAAUUUUUCGUAGCUGCUUCUGUUAAGAAAAAUGAUGGACAGGGAGGAAGAUGUGAUAACUGGGGUGUUGUUUUUUUUAAAUAAACUGCCAACCCAGGGA